AUGUCAAACCUCGAUUCCCCAGCAUCGCCCGGCCGCCCCCGCGCCUCCUCCGCCGCAAUCCGCCCCGAGACUCCGCGAUCCUCGCACGGCUACGCCUCGAGCGUCAACGAAUACCCCGACGAGCACGGCGACCACAGCUUCGCCGGCGGCGGCGGCGGGAACGCGGGCAACGAGCUGGGCAACCUGGCCGAUGAGCUGGCCGACGCCGACGAGGAUGAGUACGAGUACGAGGGCGACGAGGGCGACGAGAUCAUCACCGACGCCGACCUGGCCGACCCGACGCACGCAAACACGAAUGCAAACGCACAAGGCAGUCACGGCGAGCACGUGUCGAGUCCGGACACGGCGGCCACGCCGCGCGGCAGCCUGCUCAUGUCGCCCAAGUCGACGAGCACGCUGAGCCCGCCGUCGCGGGCGCGCAAGCACCACCGCCGGAAUCAGUCAAAGUACGACGGCAGCGACUACGGCGACGACAGCGACUUUGACAGCGAGGGCAUCAGUCCGGGCCUGGAGAAGCGCAUGGCUGAGGUGGAGAGCCUGGCACGGAGAGGCAUGGAGGAGAACGGCAGCGCCAAUGACGCUGUCGUCAUGCGGCUGACGGAGCAGCUGAAGGACUUGGGGAGCCAGGCGGGCGUCGAGAGCGGCGCGACGCGUCUCAUCACGGCCCACACGGCACUGACGACGCACCUGACGCACCAAACACGGCUGCUGACGAGCCUGACGUCGAGCUUGCUCUCGCCGCUCAGCAUGCCGCCCAGCCCCGAGGACAUCGACACACUGCUCCCACUGCUGACGGACACGCUGACGCACCUGCCGACGGCGCCGCCAACGCCCCUGCACGCCCUCGCGACGCUGACGCACCAGACGCACGACCUGCUGCAGUCGCUGUCGUACCUGGCCGACUCGCUGCACAUGGGCCGCCAGACGUCGAACGUGGCGCAGCGGCGGCUGAAGGUCGUGCGCGAGGCGCUGGGCGAAUGGCGCCGCGAGAGCGAGCUCCGCGAGGAGGGCGUGAGGUGGAUUGAGCGCGGCGGCUGGCAGCAGCGCCUCGAGGGCCGCGAGGCCGCAAAGGCUUGCAGUGAUGUCGUCGGCGGGUUCGAGGAGGUCUGCGCUGGCUGGCGGCAGCGGCUGGUUGCGGUUGGGGGCGAGGAGGUCGCCGCUUAG